AUGGGACAAACUGGCUCACAUCACCAAGUAAGACUGCAGAGAAAUACAAGGGAAACGAAAAAGCCAAGGAUUCGCCGUGAUACCAAUGUAAUGCUGAAGCCAAAGACGCUAAAAAUUAUACUAUUUAGUAGGAAUAAUUGUUUUUGACUCACAAUUCAUGCCUGUUUAGCAAUAAAAACAGGGGUUUUAUUAUAUUUUUUCUAUUAAUUAUAUUAAAAAAGGGUAGAAUUAGCUCUGAUACUAUUUCUAUAAGACUGCCUGAUGACUCGGUUACAUUUGGAUGACUUUUAUCUGAAGUGAUUCGCUUAAAUACUUACCCUGGAAUUAUUAUUGGGUUUAGAACUGCCACAAAUUCUGACGUUUUGGACUAUUUAUUGACAAAAUACGAUAGAUCUUUAUCAUGCUUAAAGGAUGAUGAAGAAUUAAUCGCGAUUAUUUUAGAACCUGUGACUGCUGACAUUUCAUGCCAACAUUUUACUCCUCUAAAAGUGAUCGGCAAAGGCGGAUUUUCUACUGUUUUUCAAGUUAGAAAAAAAGACACUGGACACUUAUAUGCGAUAAAAACAAUCAAUAAAAAAUUUCUUAUAAAUGAAGAUAAGCCUUUUUAUGGAAAAUAAAGAAAUUUUUAUUUAAAUAAAAAGUAAUUAAAAAUUAGUAUAAAAUGAUAUAUAAGUAUAUAGUUAAAUGUGAAUUUUAUUAAAAAUUAAGAAAAUGGGCUUUAUUUUUAGGCAAAAAAUUGUAUAAAAUUUUUCAAAUUUUAAAUGAAAAAGAUAUCAUGGUGAAAGCUCAGCAUCCAUUUAUCGUCAAACUGUACUGGGCUUUUCAAACAAGAGAAAAUUUGCAUUUAGUCAUGGAUUUAUGCCCUGGUGGAGAAUUAUUUUUCCAUUUGCAUAACUUAGGUAGGUUUACUGAAGAACAAGCAAGAUUUUAUUUCGGAGAAAUCCUGCUGGGGUUAGAGUAUUUGCAUGAAAACGGAAUUUUGUAUAGAGAUUUAAAGCCUGAAAAUAUUUUGCUAGAUCAUGAUGGACAUAUAAGGAUUACUGAUUUUGGCUUGUCGAAACAAGGUAUAGCCUAUACCCCUAUAUAGAUUUCUUUAUCAAGCAAAAAUGUAAUAGACAGUUGAAGGGCCAAGAAAGACUCUGUAAACAACGGGCUUGAUCUCUAUAUCAGGAUGUAUUUAAAAGUGGCACGUCAAAAAAUGGUUAACAAGUGAAAAAAUGUUUGAUUUAGACUGGGAUUGAUUAAUAUUACCUACUUCUUUCUGUAGAAAUUAGGCUCAAGCAAGUAAUUAGGUUAAAUUAAUUGCACAUAAACUAUAAAAGGUAAAACAUUAUUAUUAUGACCCAUUAAGAACUUUUAUAAGAAAAAUCGGUGUUCAAUACAAGCCUUGGCUUUUAUAGAGCAUGUGAUCAUAAACAAAUUAGAAUUGUUUAUUUAAAAAUCUGUUUUUUGCUUGUAUUAAAUUCUACAAUAAGACAUUUAUCAACGCCAGUCUAGAAGGGCAUCUUAAAUUUAAAUUAAUUUAAUAAUAAAGCCAUUUUAAAAAUUGGUGCAUUUGCUUUUCAACUUUUUUCUCAUUGUCAACCAUUUUUUACAUGUCACUUUAAAACGCUCACCUUUAUAAGAUCCAGCUUAUCCCUUUGAGUAGUCUUUCUUGGCCGUUCAACUGUCUAUUACAUUUUCUCGAUAAAGAAAUCUAUAUAGGGGUACGGGCUAUAUUUUGCCUAAUGGGUCGACGAAUAGUUUUUGUGGUUCACCUGAGUACAUGAGCCCAGAAGUUCUCAGAAGUCAAGGCCAUGGCCGAGCUGUUGAUUAUUAUAGUUUAGGUGCUUUACUAUUUGAAAUGCUGACUGGACUGCCUCCAUUUUAUGACUCAAACAGGUCGAAAAUGUACUUUAAAGUGCUUAACGAAAUGCUGGUAUUACCUAACUUCAUAUCAAAAAGUGGGAAGUCACUAUUGUCAGGAUUAUUGAAUAAAGAUCCUAACGAAAGACUUGGAAAUUUAGGUGGCUUCUCAGAAAUCAAAGCCCACCCUUGAUGCAAAAAAAUAAAAUUCGACCGUCUCCUCAAGCGACAAAUUCUCCCACCUUUCCGACCCAACUUAAGACUCUCCAAUUUUGAUCCUGAAUACACAACAAUGGGUAUUGAUCAAGAUUUUUUAAUAGAAAAUAUAAAUGUCUAUGAUGAAAAUUUUGCUGGAUUUGACUAUAACAGUGAGGACGAAAUAAAAGACACAAUUUCUUUAUUACCUAAUAAUAACUUGUCUUCAAUGUCAACUAUUACCUCGAAAUCAGCUGGAGUAGUGUCAAGAAAUGAAAGCCAAUUAAGAGUUUUUGCUAUAAAUGAAGAGGAAGAAGAGGAAAAAUCACAAAUUUUGUCGAAAAAUAGCGUUUCUAAAGCUUUUUCUGCAGAAAACAGUGUUGCUUCUUUUAUAGUAAGAGACUCUAGAUUUUCGCUUCAGGCGUUAAAGGAAAAAGUAGCUCCAAAAAAAGAAAAAGAUUUUCCUUUGCCAUUGUUUAUACCAAGACAAGCAACAAUUCUUCAACAAGAUGCUGAAAUUUCAGAUGAAGAUAUAAGCUUUACAGUUUCUGAUGAAGAUUUUGAUGAAAAUGUUAUUAAUGCAGUCCCAGGGUUUAACUCGAAAUUUUUGCAGGAAGACUAG